AUGUGCCACCAAAUCACCUACACGUUGCCAUGUGAGCACGUGCGGACAGACAUAGUCUACUGCGCCGACGCGCCAGAAAGUGGCUCACGUCACAGUCACUCAGCAGGAGGAAGUGGAGGGGGAGGAGGGGCCAGCUCUUCCUCCAAGUCGAAAAGGGACAGUGGGAAGAAGAGCAGUCACCGAGGAUCAGCUACCAGCAGCAGGGAGAAGGGCAAAUCACAGCACCACCACCAUCACGGCAGCAGCAGGUCCUCAUCGGCGGCCAACAAGCGAAAGCCAUGCCGCAACCUCACGACGCAGGCGAUUGCCUACCCCCUCCCACCCAGUUUCGAAGGCGACCCCUCGACGGCGGCCCUGUCUCCGUUGCUGCCCAAGUGCCCCCUCCCACGGUGCCCGUUUGAGGCACUCAACCGGUGCUGGAACUGCUGCUGGUGCGGCAAGGGCUGGAACGAGCAGGGGCGGUGCAGUUGCAUCAUGAUCAUCGAGGGGACUCAGGUGCGGUGUGAGCACAUCUGCUGUGAAACGUGCACACCAGCCGGGCCGAUGUGA